AUGAAUCAGGAACUAAGGCUCAUCACUCGUAACACAAAGAAGUUCAAGUCGGAUAAGAAAGAAUGGGACGAAUUUGGGAAAUAUGUGGUUGAAGUUGUAGUGGAAGUACUAGCAGCCAUCGAGUCCUAUGACACUUCGACAGAAGAAGCAAAACCUUGGCUAGAGAACAUCAAGAAGCUGGAUGACGCGCUUAGAAAGAUUACAACUGAAAUGAAACCAAUCCUUGCAAAAAUGGAGAAAUGGUCUGCUGUCACCAACUUCUCACACUUGAAGCAUCCGGGAAGGAUUGAUGACUUCAAGAAAGUCCUCGACAGAGCUUUAACAAUAUUUCAGGUAAUUCUUUCUUGCAUUAUUGUUCCACCACUAUCCUGA